AUGCAAAUAUGUCACAUUCUCCUGACUGUCCUCUCCGGUGUGUUCCUCUUCGGAUUCCUCGUGAGCACAUGUGUCUACCUGUACGGCGGAGCGUUACCUGCAGCCACCUUCGAGAACACUUCAGUCUCCACAGAGGCCUCGACAAACCAACUCUCACUAACCAACGCUGUGCAGUACACUAUAGACAAAUUUAUUGCAUUUUUAAGGGUUGGAACGAGUACCGGCAUAACGCUAACUGAGCAGCUUUCUGUUGAAGUCGGCAGGAAGCUAAAUAUGGCUAGCCGAAUGGGCCUGAACAUAAACUGGGGCAAAGCCAAGGAACUUGACCACGUUUCAUCCUGGAGCACAGCCGGAUUGGUCAGUUUGGCCGACGGAGUGCAUACGGCAAUGAAUGCCUUACUAGAGAAAUACACUAUUCGUGCCCUUCUGAACACGGGCGAUCAGCUACAGGUGGAUGUGAACAUACUUGACCAAAAUAUGCUCUUUAUCCGAAAAACCAACCAGUUCACGAGCGGCCAGGUCUCUCAAAUUCAGGGCUCCCUGAAGACAAUACACGGUUUCAUCACUACCGAAUUGAACAAACUUUGUCUGAAAGGACUGGGGACGUACUUGGAUACGCAGUGCAAACAACUUCAGGCAAAGUCACUAAUCCUCAACAUCAGCUUUGAUCCUUCUGCGCUAGAGGUUGACCCGCCGGCCGUGCUAAAUUUUGUCCUCAACGAUUUCGGAAUCAAUCUGCAGCUAAUUCUGAACCAGUUUGAAAAGGUCACACAGAAACUGAAUGAAACUGAAAUGGACAUCCUACUCAAAGUGCUUGAAUUCGUUGAUGUGCAGACCAUACUGAAGCCGAUGAGGCGUUUUUGGCAGCAACUUGACGUGCAGAUUGACAGUAUGAGUACUACUGCACAGACAACAGUGACAUCCAUAGAAAAUGGCCUAACCACUGCAAAGCCCCUCCUCCUGUUGGCCAUUUAUCUGCCAGCAGUGAUAUUUGUCGGCCUGCUCGCGACGGCCAUAGUCCUCUUCGUUCUCUACCUCUUCGAGGCCCUCGAAAGCAACCUCUUCUUGACGGAGCCUCCGACCAAUCACCAAGGUGAAUGA